CCGCGCCCUCCCCCUCCCGCCCCGCGGCGCGCCCGCGGACACUCCGCGCGCGGACCCGGCCGGCGCCUCCUCAGCUUCGGUCGCCGGCGUCGCCUCGGGCCCCGGGGGAUGCCCCUGGCCGGGCUCCGCUCAUGGCCGCCGACGUCUUCAGGUGCUCCCCGCGCCGGGCCCGCAGCCGCGGCCGCCCGGUGCUGCUCAAGCCCCAGGUGCCGGAGGACGACGACGACUCGGACACGGACGAGCCGUCCCCGCCGCCCAUCUCCGGCGCGACCGCCUCGUCCCGGGCUCAGGCGAGCGCCGCGCCGCCGGCGUCCCGGGCCGGGCCGGGCCGUGAGGAGCCUCCGCGCCGCCAGCAGAUCAUCCACAGCGGCCACUUCAUGGUGUCGUCGCCGCACCGCGAGCACCCGCCCAAGAAGGGCUACGAUUUCGACACGGUCAACAAGCAGACGUGCCAGACCUACAGCUUCGGCAAGACCAGCUCCUGCCACCUGUCCAUCGACGCCUCGCUCACCAAGCUCUUCGAGUGCAUGACGCUGGCCUACAGUGGAAAGUUGGUGUCUCCAAAGUGGAAGAAUUUCAAGGGCCUGAAGCUCCAGUGGAGAGACAAGAUCCGGCUCAAUAACGCCAUCUGGCGGGCGUGGUACAUGCAAUAUUUGGAGAAGCGCAAGAACCCUGUGUGCCACUUUGUCACUCCAUUGGAUGGCUCUGUGGAUGUAGAUGAGCAUCGCCGACCAGAGGCCAUCACCACAGAAGGGAAAUACUGGAAAAGCCGGAUUGAGAUUGUGAUCAGGGAAUACCACAAGUGGAGAACAUACUUCAAGAAAAGGCUACAGCAGCACAAGGAUGAGGACCUCUCCAGCCUGGCCCAGGAUGAUGAUAUGCUGUAUUGGCACAAGCAUGGGGACGGAUGGAAGACCCCCGUCCCCAUGGAGGAGGACGCACUGCUGGAUACGGACAUGCUCAUGUCAGAGAUCAGCGAUACCCUCUUCUCCACGCUCUCUUCACACCAACCAGUUGCCUGGCCCAACCCACGGGAAAUAGCGCAUCUGGGCAAUGCGGACAUGAUUCAGCCAGGACUGAUCCCUUUGCAGCCCAACCUGGACUUCAUGGACACAUUCGAGCCUUUCCAGGACCUCUUCUCUUCCAGCCGCUCCAUUUUUGGCUCCAUGCUGCCUGCACCUGCCUCUGUAGCUGCACCAGAUCCCAACAGUCCACCUGCUCAGGAGAGCAUGCUGCCGACCACCACUCUCCCCACCGUGAACCUCCCCGACAGCCUCAUUGCACCCCCUGCAGCCACCUCUCUGGACCCCACGGAUACACAGAGCUGUGACCGUGGUUCCCGGCCUGGGGGUCCUUUUCUCCACUCUUCAGAAUUUGGCCCCUCUGAGCCACCACUGAGUGUUCCACAGACUUUCCUCCCUGUCUUCACUGUGCCCUUACUGCCUCCCAGUCCUGGCCCCACGUCCGCUUCACCUGCAUUACCAGUAGUUCCCCCGCCUGCUGCUGCCCUGAGUGUCCCAGCCCCACCCGCCUUCCUGCAGCCACAGAAGUUUGGAGUCAGCAAAGCUCCCUCUGUUAUCACCCACACAGCUUCAGCCACCCUCACUCACGACGCCUCUGCCACCACCUUCAGCCAGAGCCAGGGCCUUGUGAUCACAACCCACCACCCCACCCCAGCACUGUCCCCCUGCGGUCUGGCGCUGUCCCCUCUCCGCGCACCAACUCUUGCAGCCCCCCAGCCCCAUUUAACUUUCGUCCACCCCAAACCUUUACCCUUGACUGGGGGGAGGCCCAAGCAGCCCCCCAAAAUAGUGCCUGCUCCCAAACCAGAGCCUGUGUCCUUGGUGUUAAAGAAUGCUUGCAUCACCCCAGCUGCCUUUUCAGGACAACCACAAACAGUGAUUAUGACUUCGGGCCCUCUGAAGAGAGAAGGGAUUUUAGCUUCCACCGUGAACCAGUCCAAUGUGGUCAUUGCCCCUGCCGCCAUUGCCGGGGCUCCUGGAGUCACGGAGUUCCACAGUGGCAUCCUGGUUGCAGACCUCAGCCAAACGAGCAGCCAGCCUGCCCCCAGCUCCCGGCUCUUCUCACCAAGUACCGUGCAAGACUCUCUGGUGAAGGGCGAGCAGGGCCCGCUGCCAGGGGGCAGCCCCCAGAUCCCUGCUGCGAGUUCUAGUCGCGACGGCCCGAACUCGGGGCAGGCCUCUCCCUGUGCUUCAGAGCAGAGCCCCAGUCCUCAGUCUCCUCAGAACAGCUGCUCAGGGAAAUCUGCAGACCCCAAAAAUGUGGCUGCCUUAAAGAACCGGCAGAUGAAGCACAUUUCAGCGGAACAGAAGAGACGCUUCAACAUCAAGAUUGGCUUUGAUACUCUGAACAGUUUGAUUUCUAAUAACUGCAAGCUGACCAGCCACGCCAUCACCUUGCAGAAGACCGUGGAGUACAUCACCAAGCUCCAGCAGGAGAGGAGCCAGAUGCAGGAGGAAGCCCGGCGGCUGCGGGAAGAGAUUGAGGAGCUCAACGCCACCAUCAUCUCCUGCCAGAAGCUGCUCCCUGCCACAGGCGUCCCUGUCACCCGACGCCAGUUUGACCACAUGAGAGACAUGUUUGAUGAGUAUGUGAAAAGCCGGACCCUGCAGAAUUGGAAGUUCUGGAUUUUUAGUAUCAUUAUCAAGCCCCUGUUCGAGUCGUUCAAGGGGAUAGUGUCCACCAGCAGCCUGGAAGACCUCCACCGCACAGCGCUGUCCUGGCUGGACCAGCACUGCUCCCUGCCCGUCCUCAGGCCGAUGGUGCUGAACACCCUCCGGCAUCUGAGUACCACCACCUCCAUCCUGACGGACCCGUCGCAGUUGCCAGAGCAGGCAUCGGAGGCCGUCACCCGAAUUGGCAAGAGAGUGGGGGCGUCUUAGCAGCACGUGGCUGCCUGUGGCUGCAUGCUGCGCCAUCGAGGUCCUCUCCUGCCCGUGGGGAGGAAGCUUCACCCAUGCCUUCCCUGAUGCCUCAGGACCUCCCUCCACCUCGGUCGGCCACAGGCCGCUCGUAGCACCACUCUCAGGUCUGCAGCAGGUUCGGGUCCUGCCGACAGCAGUUGCCCGUCGUUGGGAGCCCUUUGCUGUGAGCUCUCACCCGGUGACAUCAGUCACCAGCUUCCCUGCCCUUGGUGCCACGCAGACAAAGGGAAAUGCCUGCUCUUUCCAGUCCUGUCCUGCCAGUGGCCUGCCAGGGCCCACGGUGCCAGUGAACAGAGUAGACGGACAGAGGAAGACAAACGCUGUUCUCACCAGUUAGGAAACAUUGAGGGUCCCUUCCCAGUUUCUAUUUUGAGACUUGCACAUCUUCCCUCCUGUCAAAUCGUUGUUCACUUUCACUGUCCUGAAUGACUCUCUGUACCCGAGCUCUGAUCUUGCUGAGGGAGCAGUUGGAGGGCGUCUCUCUCCUCCAAACCCUGGCCGUGUCAGAGCCUUGUGGAUCGAUGUGGGUUUCUGUUCAGGCUUAAUGUGGUGGACGUGCCUUCUUCAGAGAAACCCCAGAUCACAGGUGUGCAGAAAGAGUGGAUGCGAAUGCACGCAUGGCAUGAAGGAAGCAGAAACCCUGCAACGCUGCUGCUCUGCUUGGAAGCACUUCUGGUUGGGUUUCUAUUUUCUGGUGUUUUUGUUCUACUUGGCACUGCAGUAUACGAGCAUCGCUGCCUGAGAGUCACGAAGUGGGACUCCCCGAGGCCCCCCAGGCACCACCUUGUGGCUGCAGCCCUGCUGCCUGGUUUCUGCUGGUUUCCAGGCUGCCCCUCUGAAGAGUCCGGAGUGUCUAAUGGAAGAGGUCUAGCAGGUGGACGAGCACUCCACCAUGUUGCUGCCCUCAGUCUGGCCAUGUUGCCUCACACUGUUCAGCCAGGAGCCCCAAACCGUAACAAUUUUUGGACCAAAGAUAUCACCACACUCACAGACUGUCUUGUUUUUGUUUUGAGGAAGAAAUUGAAUGUCGACAGGCAGAACUCUGAGAUGUUUACCCUCUGAGUUGAUGGCAGUAAAGGACAGUGGUCAGAUUAUCUGAGUGGCGGGGUAGCCUGAGCACAGCGGCCGUGCCAAAAGGUGUCCACUGCCCCGAGGGGGCGGUUGGAGAUGCCACAGGCAGGGGGUGCCAGACCCAGCCUCAUCCUCAUCUGCCUCUUUUCUCUCUCAAGUUCAGGAAACCCAACCAAGGACACCUCCUCACAGAGCGGGUGAGCUUCCGACAUCCUCCUGGGGAUCAGCAGGCAACCCGUGGGCCCUCCGCCAGCCUCUCCUCACCGCUCCCUGCCUGCUGCCGCCGAAGUCCGGGCAGUGCUGGUGCAGGUGCAGGCGUCCCGGGAGGGCUCGGAGGGACCCUGGGAGCCGUGGGCGGAGAGGACGCACAUGUCCCUCUUGAAGCUCAGGACCCGUUCAGAGGCGCCCGCUGGCUCCUGCAGGCCUGCUGGACUACUGUCCGGAAGGGACAGCCAGCUCUGCCCAGCCUUGGCUGAGGGAGGACGGAGAAGAGGAGGGGUUUCCUCCCCCUCCCACCGGCCAUGCCACGAACCCCGCAGCUGGGUCGCUGGCCCAAGCCUGCCCGCUUGUCUGUGUUUCUGCCCCAUGCAAGGGCAGCUUGGAGGUGCCACCCCAGCCUCACGAGGAAACGCGUUUACAGGCCUCCCGUCUUGUGCUCGCCCUCGGGAAAGAGAUGAGUCCGGGCUGGCCCUUGACAUUUCCACUGCAACAUGGUGACCGAAGUCAUCCUGCACUCCCAGGACAAGCAAGAAGCUGCCCUUCUAGAGGGAAAGACCUCCAUGGAAAAGAUAGCACUAAGGUCAAAAGGAAAAAAAGGAAAACAAAAACGAAGUACCUAGCUGUGAAGGGCUUGUGGAGGAUUGUGAGCUCAGCUCCUCUUCCAAAUCCCGUGCCUUCAUAGAAUAUGGAGGUGAUGGCAGUUGCUGGCCGAGCUGAGGACUUUCCUAAAUCGCAGUUUGCUUGCCACCCCUCACUGGGGAAUCGUUUUGUUUUGUUUUGAACUCCAUGGGAUAUAAAAUUGGCCUUUUGCUGCUUUGGCCUGCCUCUCCCUUUUGUUGAAUUAAUGUUCAUGAUUCCAUGUUUCAGCAAGUAUUUAAGGCUGUUGAUUGUGUGAGGCUUGAAGAGUGUGGGCGAGUGUGGGGGUGCGCGUGACGGGGUGGUUAUGGCCAAGUCCGUCCCAGCAGACUGGUAACUAGAUGCAUGGUUUUGUUUUUUAGAUAUUUACUUAAAAUCAUAUCUUUUGGUGCUCAAAAUUACAUGGCUAUAAGGCCACAGAGUUGUAUCUGUUGUGACAGAGAUAAUUGUUUCUUAUCCUAGUUUUCUGCCUUUGAAAUCUUGCCUGAUGACCUCACAGACGAAGUAGCCCAGCCUUGGUCUCUGUCCUGGGCUCCUGGGCAAGGCUGCAGGGGUGCCGUGGCCCCUGUCCAUGGCUCUGCGGCUCUGACCGUAGGUCUGUGGCUUGUUUACUCUCGUUUUCACCCCAUUCCUGUCAUUACUUCCAGAAAAGCAAUGCUUUGGAGAAUAAGAAAAUCAUUGUGUGGGGUGGGAGGGCCUCUGGCAUAUAAGUCUGAAAGUAUGAUUCUGUGAACUCUUUCUAUGCCAUCUGCUGCCUUCACUCCACUGCUUGCUCUUUGAAAUGAAUGGGAAACACAAGGACUGAGCCUGCCUGCUGAGGGGGUUUCUGGAAGUCGACCCGCACGUCCUCCACAGUGUCUGCACCUGAGGAGACUCCAGAGGUCCUGGGGUUCUCUGGCUACCGUCCAGCUGUUUUUCAUGACACAGAAAUUAGUACUGAUGGAAGCACUGGGUCUUGUUGAGGAGAAAAGAAUAUGAGGGAGAAAGUGGUCAGCACAUGUAUGUGCUAGAGCCUUCACCAGGAGGAGAGUUGACCACUGUCAGCUUCGGUGCAUUUCAUUUUCUCCUACUUCCUGCCCUCGUGCCCUGAUCCAUACUUCUCUCUCUAGCUUAAAACUCAUGUCUCUCCCUUCUAGAGGCCAGCCUGUAAGGCUUGUCUGCUCUGAUGAUAGAAAUAAAAACCUGGAUUCAUAAAGGACACAGCUCCCACACCCCAUUACGGUGCCGAAUCCUUGUCCCUCCCCCACCAUUGCCGAUUCUGGCAGACCCAUCCUUGGGUUUUGCCUUGGGGAGCUCACAGCCUCUCCCUCCUCCCCACAGCCAGGGCUCAGUUACGGGCAUCCACAUGGGAGGGUGGCAGGGUGCAGCUGGGGACUGGAGGGGCGCUCCCUCCUCUCGGGUGGGGCCUCCCUUCCCUGAGGGCCCUGGCGUCCCCCAGAAGGCUGCUGAGGCCCGCACUAAAAGGGGCAGGUAUGCUGGCACUGUUUUAGAGAUACCAAAGUUGUACUUUCUACCUGGACAAGACCUCAUCUUCUCACAAGGGAAACCAGUUUUGUCUCUGUGGGUUCUGGAAGGUGGUUGUGGGUGCCGUGGACCCAGGGCCUGCCCUGGCUUCCCUUCCUUGGUUCAGCUCUUUCCGCUGGCUCCAGGCUGAGGCAUUGGGAGAACACCACGUCACCCUCCCACCCCCUUCCCGUGGUCACCUUGCUCCUUGGUGGUCUUCAUCCCACCUGCCUGAGAGCCCCCAAUCCCUGUGGUUCCUGAUAAGCCUGUAUAUAAGUUGAGCCACUCCUUUCUAGGGCAGGAAAAAUUGCCUUUCCCUAGGGAGCUCCUGUUUCACUUUAAGCUGUUUGCCAUCGAUGAAGCCUCCGCCCCCCACAGAUGGGGAACUUACCUUCACAAAGUAUUUUCAAGGCCAUGGUCUCGUCUGGGACAGGGUUUUGGGGAGAGCCCUGACUUUGGCAGGUGGUGUGUGCAGGUUGCGAGGUGGCUGGAUACCUGGGGUCACAGUGUGUUGUGGUUGUUGGUGCUCAGUGCCCUUGAUGCCUCAUCGUAUUAAAGCAUCAACUUAUUAAAGAGGACUCUGUCCACAUCUAAACCUGUACAAGGGGACGGGAGAGCGCACGGUUAGGGGUUGAAGAACUUUGAAGCUAAUAGGUUAUUUUUGCCAUUCAGAAGAUGUUUCGAUGUGCUUGGCAGGUUGUUGGGAUCUGAGUGGCGCCCGUGAAGCCCGUGGGGAGGCUGCAGAGGCUUCGGGAACAUAGAAGAAGCUUCAGCACCUCCCCGUGGCCCUGACAGAGCGGGCCUCAGAGAGGGUGGGCGAGCUUGAGCCGACCGGUGGCUUUUCAUUCUGAGGACCUGGCUCUCCUGGUGCACCAGGCAAGGGCUGCUUCCUUGCUGGGGCUUGUGAAAAUCAGCGUUUGAGGGAUACAGGGAAAUCCGAAUGCUGACUGCUGAACUCCAGGUGUGCAUGUGUGUAUGUGCCUGCACCUGGCUUUACUUAGGGGAAUUUUAUUUUUGUGAAAUUCUUUUCCAAGUAUGUAGCAAAAUUUAACUCUUGGUUCUACAGUCUUAACCCUGGUCUUAUAUAAUUCGAAGAAUUCUCUUCAUAGAGAUCUCUUGUUCUUGAGGUUGUGGAGGGUUGAGAGAAACUGAAGUUUUAUACGUUUCCAUAGAGUUUAGUUCCUGCAGUUAAAGGGGUCUGAUGGGCUCAGUCCUGGGCUGCAGGUCCCAGGCUGUGUUUCCCAAGGCAGCUCUGAGGCAGCCACUCUCCCCCCACGACGCCCCUGCCCCUCUCCCUGAAUCUGCCACGCCGCCAGGGAAAAGGAAGCACAGUCAUUUGCUAAUUUUGUUCUUUUUCUUUUUCAGGUUUCAGUUUAUUGUAUAAAUGGAUAAUUUUUCUGUUGUGAGUUGUGAUUGUUUCGGGGUUCCAUGGGUACAGAGUUAGACCUUGUGGCCUGAAAAAACAAAACCAGAGAGGACUCUUGACUGAGGCUUCCUCUGGCCCGUGUCAUCCUGCCCACCACCCGCUGUCACUCUCCUGUUGAGAAUCACGUUUCCACCAGCUGUAUCUAGCACUACAAUGCAUUUUUAAAAAUAUGUUUGCAUUCAAGACAAUAAAAACCUUAUUUUUUUGAAAAGCC